AUGGCUGAACCCGCGAAUUCGGAAGUAGAAACCCCAAGCGCCCCGGUGCCUGAGAAAGCGACAGAUACCCCUGGUCAGAGACAGGAGGAGGCUUCCGCGUUUGUGCGUUCGUGGGAAGGGUACCCCAAAGGCUAUCCUAUGCUGGCCGAACGCAUCGCUUUGAAACCACAGACAGCUAUCUAUCGUAGAUUCGCCGCUCUAAAUUCUCGGCGUAUACUGUAUCUUCAUGCCGAGCUCUGCAUCCUGGAGAGACGUCUGCGGAUAAUCGAGAAAGAAGAGAAAGAGCGAGACGAUGAAUCAGGCAAAAGACCAUCUCACAGAUACGCAGCCGACUACGAGCGCAUGCUCGAACAUCAAGAUGGCGAUGGGAAACCGCAUUUGGAACUUCUCGGGACAAUUGGUGAGAAAUUGAACCAGUACAAUGAAGCACUGCUACAAGUCUCAUACCUAUCCCAGAUCCCAGCACCGCAGAAAUUUGACCUCACCGACCUCUACCACUUCCUGGGAAGCGAGUCCAUGGGGCCGUGCUGGCUCGCGGGUACUGAUCAUGGCACUUGGGGCGCUUGGGACAACCCCGAGCACCAUGCACCAGACCUAGUUGGAGUACAUCCUCGCCCAAGGGCUGAUGAUUUCUCGCAAUGGAUUGUAGAGAAGUCGGUGCGUCUAUUUUCUUGUGGACUCGGCCGUUUCACAAAAGGCACCCCCAACCUGGGUCGCAAAGUGUAUUAUGACUCGGAUGUCCUGAAAAUCACGUCUUGGAUCACGUGUAUCCUGGCAUCGCUACUGCCCAUUGCCUCGAUUUUGGUCCUGUUGAAUGUGCCAUCGCUCAAGGGCCGGCUUUGGGUCAUUGCUGCCUUCAAUAUCCUGAUGAGCGUGUGUUUGAGAACGUUUACAGAGGCGAAGAAGUCAGAAGCAUUUGCCAUUACCGCUGCGUAA